CCAGCUUUCAGUUGGCAUUUUGGCAGUCGGGGAGAAGCAGCAAGUUUUUAACCACCAACAAAAACCACCACCGACCGACCGAAAUCAAACAGGGUGACACAUCUUUUUUCGACUUGUGGGUGUGUCAACGUACGUCAAGGAACAAUUAACAAUCGGACAUUUAUUAUAAUUCCAACAGGGCUGAUUAAUUAAUUAAUCAGUUAACUGGAAGAGUGGUAGUAACAAUUUUAAGUUGAUGAAGUUAGUAAACAACCAAAUUUUUAAUUAGUGAGUUGUAACAAAACAACAACUUGUAGGCAGGAUAGAAUUAAUUUUGAGUUGAAAUUAUGCGAUAAAACCCAAAUUUCUAGUUAUUCAUACCAGGUUGUGAGGAGGAAAUCUUAAAAUUGACAGGGAUUUGUUUAUUUUGGUUAGUUUUCAAUUUUUUGGAGUGACAAACUAAAAAUUCCGAGAGUUCUGCCUGGACCGGAUUGAGGUUGUGGUUAUCUAAAGCGCAAGCAGGAGGAGAUGAUCAACUAAUAAGUAACCAGAGCAGCUAGCGUCACCUGAACGAUUUUGAGAUGUGCGACAACCUCUGAUACCAGAACCGGAAGUAGAAAAAUGACGACGAGUCCAUUGAAGACAAAAGUUGUUCAAAAUCGGUUGUCCGAAACCUGUGUUGUUAAUAGAAAAAAUAAAAGGACAGAGUCGAAGAGGAGAAUAAGACUUGGAAACAUGUCCAGCAGAAGAAUAAUGUCAUCUUUAAUAUCACUUUCUCUCCUAGUUCUAUUACAGAUAAACUUUUCACACGCGACAGUUCAAUCCCCCCCAUCCAUUACGAAGGAACCUCCCACAGACGAGCUGCUCUUUCAAGUUGCUGUUCGACAAGAUGAAAACGAUAAGCCGUUUAUCAUCGAAUGUGAGGCAGAAGGUGAACCCGCCCCCCGCUAUAGGUGGAUGAAAAACGGGAAAGAGUUCAACUGGCAAGCGUACGAUGACAGGAUCUCACAGCAGCCCGGAAGAGGCACAUUGGUCGUGACUGCCCCCAGAACGGAGGAUGUCGGCCAAUAUCAGUGCUUUGCAACGAACGAGUGGGGCACGGCUACAAGUAAUAAUGCUUAUUUAAGGAAAGCGGAAUUGAACUUGUUCAAGGAGGAAGAACCUCCCACCAUUGUGGCAGAAGAGGGGGCUCCGUUCAAAUUGACUUGUAAUCCUCCAGAUGGCUGGCCGAAGCCUAAGGUUUAUUGGAUGUUACAGAACCCACAAGGUGCCCUCGUAAAUAUCAACACAUCCAGGAUUACGGUAGACCCGGAAGGCACACUCUGGUUUUCAAAUGUGACUCGACAGGACAGAAGCUCCAACUUUUUGUAUUCUUGUGCCGCCUAUUCAUCAUUCAGAAAUGAAUACCGACUCGGAAAUCGGGUAUACUUGGGUGUCUCUGCCACUAGCAGUUCCGCAACAGCUAACAAACACCCUCCCGUUAUGCAAUACGCCACGAAAAGAAAUACUAUAGCUUUGAGAGGAAGCUCCACAUCACUUUGGUGUAUCGUGGGCGGAACACCGCUGCCAGAGAUAAAGUGGGCAAAGAAGGGCGCCUUUCUUCCCAGUGAUAUAGAAUAUGACAAUUACGGGAAGACGUUAAAAAUCAAUAAUGUUGAUUUUGAAGAUGAAGGAAAUUAUGAUUGCGAUGCCUCAAACGGAGUUGGUUCUCCUAUUUCCUACUCGGUCCAUUUGACGGUUUAUGCCGUUCCUUACUUUACUGUUGAACCGGAAAUACAAAACGCCGCAGAAGGUGAAACGGUCGAAUUCCAGUGUGAAGCGGCAGGAAAACCAGCCCCAGAGAUUAAGUGGAUUCAUAACGGAAAAGAUUUAGAAGAAGCAGAACCAAAUCCGAGGAGAAAGAAGAUUGGCAACAAGAUUAUUAUUGAAAACAUCAAAAAGUCUGACACAGGAAAUUACGGUUGCAACGCCACCAACAGUUUCGGAUACGUUUAUAAAGACGUUUAUGUCAACGUACUCGCUCUUCCCGCAGAAAUCACGGACAAACCCAAAGACGUUGUCACGACGGAUGGAAAAUCAAUUACACUAACAUGUCGCGUAUUUGGAGCACCAAAACCGUUAGUGAGAUGGUACCGAAAUGACCAAGAAUUGACCGGGGGACGAUUUAAGGUUUUACCCACGGGCGACUUGGCAAUUCGCGACGUGACGCUGGUUGAUUCAGGAGAAUAUUUUUGUGAUGCGAGAAACAAAUUUGGAAAUGAUAGUGCGAGUGGUACUCUGGUCGUUAAAGAACACACCUGGAUCAAAGAUAAACCUAUUGACUAUGAAGUCGCUGCCGGAACCACUGCCACUUUCCGCUGUUCUGCCGAUACUGAUUACAGCCUUCGCCCCCUCUUGCAAAUCCACUGGUUGCGUAACAAUGAACAAAUUGAUUUCGAUGCCGAGCAACGCUAUGUCAAAUUACAAGACAAUUCUCUUACCAUCGACAAAACCACCGAGCUCGACUCUGGGAUAUAUACUUGUCUUGCUCAAACAGAUUACGAUAACGACACGGCCUCUGCUACACUUACAGUACAAGACGUUCCCAAUCGGCCAGAAUUACUGGGAAUAAAAUGUUACCGACGUGACUCAACGAUCGCUUGGAAGCCUUUAGGAGACAACAGAUCCCCAAUUCUACACUACACCAUCCAAUAUAACACCUCUUUUACUCCAGACACAUGGGAAGUAGCGGCCAAAGAUGUCCCUGCCACGGAGACAAGUUAUACAGUGUCAAUGAGUCCAUGGGCAAAUUACACGUUCCGAGUAAUUGCGAGGAACAAGAUUGGACCUUCCAUCCCAUCCUUGCACUCUGACGUUUGCACGACUCCACCUGAUGUGCCGUUUAAGAAUCCAGAAAAUGUGAGGGGUCACGGAACCCAGCCGACCAACCUGGUUAUUACUUGGACCCCGAUGCAAGAAAUUGACCACAACGCGCCCAAAUUUAAGUAUCAAGUCCAAUGGAAACCAGACGAUUCGUCCUCUCCGUGGCAGCUCGAGGAGAUAAAAGAUUGGCGGAGGAGCGAAUUAAUAAUAGAAAAUCAGCCCACGUAUCGCCCGUACUUGAUAAAAGUCAGGGCACUAAACGAAAUUGGAGAGUCAAAUGUGGCUCCGACGGAGAUUAGAGGAUUCUCAGGCCAAGCCGAACCAACGGAUGCUCCUGAGAAUUUUACCGUGAUUGGGAAAACAGAAGCUCACGCCGCUCUUGUCUCGUGGUCUCCUGUUCAGCCGACCAGUCUCCGUGGAAAAUUUGAAGGUUACAAAGUUCAAACGUGGACCGAUACCGACGGGGAAGACGACCGGCGUGAAAUUUUGAUCAAAAAUGAUGUUACGAGAGCUGUUGUGGACAAACUUGUCCCGUACUCCAAGAAUUAUUUGGUCGUGAUGGCAUACAACACGGAUCACAACGGACCUCCAAGUCGAACCAUUGAGGUUGUCACACCAGAAGGGGCACCCGGCCCGGUCGAAGCAUUCGAAGGAUUUCCACUGGGUGCAAGCGCGCUUCUCUUGAUUUGGAGAAAGCCUGACCAGCCGAACGGAAUUUUGACUGGGUAUCAAGUCUAUUAUCAUAAAGUAAUUGGAACGGAGGUGGACAUUUUACAACAACGAAAUCCAAUCGAUGAUCCUGAAGAAACGAGAGCCAAGUUGGCUGGAUUGGAGCCUAAUACGAAAUACCGAGUGCAUAUUAGGGCUGUAACAAGUGCAGGGGCUGGAGAUGAUACAUUCAUUGAGGUGAGCACAGAACCACUCGGAAGUCAACUACCCCUUGAGCAACCCAAGUUCAUCUGGAGAUCGGUUGAAACGGAAAAUGGUAAAGCUGCCAUACGAGUGAAAUGGGUGCCCAACCUACACGGAUCUGGACGACCGGGAGCUCAUUUCUUUGUUCAGUACAGGUUGUAUGGAAGAACGACAUACGAAUCCACAGAGCCAGAACUUUAUGAAGACUACAUCAUCGUCCGUGGUCUCGAGCAGGGGGAGACGUAUGUCUUCCGCGUCGUAGCUGUGGACGGUACCCUGACAAGCACGUCUGAUGAAGAGGAGAUUUAUACUUAUGCUGAUGGUCCAAUAGUGCAGCGUGCAACGACGACAAGCACGGGGUGGUUCAUUGGCCUGAUUGUCGCAAUCGCUUUUCUCGUUCUUAUCCUUAUCCUGGUAUGCAUCGUGAAGCGUAACCGAGGAGGAAAAUAUGCCGUUUAUGAGAGAGAGAUUGCUCAUGGUCGGUUAGAUUAUGACGAGGGGGGAUUCCGUGAAUAUUCUCAGCCGACUGAAGCUGCCGGACGUUCCUCGAUGGGAAGCGAAUUCAAACCUCCACAUGAAUCUGAUACAGAUUCCAUGGCCGAAUAUGCCGAUGAAGCCAAGUUCACGGAAGACGGGUCUUUUAUCGGCCAAUACGGUGUGAAAAAGAAGCCUGACACAAAUCUUCCUUCCCCGAUGGCAACCUUUGUCUGAUCUUAUAAUAACAAUCUCUAACUUACUUUUACUCUGUUUUUAUACAAACCGACAACAACAACUUACACUCUUACGUUAUCUGCUCUCACAAUUUCUAAUAUAUUCAACAACGUGAAUCUCAUUCUUAUCUCUGAAUAUUUAUUCAUUCAAUUAAUUAUUCAAUUCAAGUGUUCACUUACUAGUUAAAUAUUUUGUUACUGACAAAGAUGAAGAAAAGGGUGUUAUCUGUCGUGGAGAUGGUGGUGGUGAAGGUGAGGUGAUGCUGCCAAUCAAAUCAUAUAAGUGUACCUACAAUGUAGAAAAAGGAAAGCAACAAAUGGAAUCUGUUAUCUUUGAGUCUCACUCUCUCGGAUCAUCAGCGAUUAUUAAUGUAAACAGAAAUGGACGCAAAUUACUUGCAUAACAAAAUUAUUUGCAACAUUUUGCAGUUUUAAAUUCGUCCAUGUCCAUGUAAAAUAGGAUACAAGGUGCAAAAGUAAUACGUUUGUGCAAAGUUAAAAAACUUGUUGUUAAUUAAUUAAUACUUACAUUCAUACAUAGACUAACUAUUAGGCAGGAAUAGAUAGAAAAGAGAAACUUGUCCAGUCCAGCUAAUAUGCUUAGGUAAUGGUGAAGCUUAUAUAAUAUUUAUACUGUCAACGAUAUCUACCGACUUGAGAAAACUGAUGAGAAGAAUUUUUGCCUUAACUUUAUUUUUUAAAAACCAGCUUUACAACAAAAAAUAUGUACUGAAACCUUCCACCGGUGUUGGUGAAACUUUAUUAUUAUAAACAGUUAAAUUAUUUACAAAGUGACUAUGUAAUUGCUGCUGCUGCCUACUACUCUUAGAAGACAUUUGUACGAGUGCCUCGUUUAAUCAACAACUAUAGUAUUUAACUUGUACAAUAAUAAAAUGAAAUAAAAUAACUCGACGACCGGUUACACUACUACUGCUGCUACUACAUUUAUACAUAGCUUGGCAGGUACAUAAAUAAGUACGUAAUUAAGAGAACUUUUUUUAUUUUAUGACAAAUACAUAAUAUAUGUUGGCUCUAUUUUGUAAAAUUGAAAAAUAGGAAUGAAAUGUGUACCAACCAAUGAAUGCAAGUCUUAUUAUUUAAUUGUACUUGAAAACAGUGCGAUUGAUUAUGCUGCAGAACAAUUGUUUUUUUAUAAACCUGUGAAAGUAUGAAUUAAUUAGGAUAAAGAUGGAAAUUUUUUCAGUUUUAUUAACAAUUAUUGCUUUAACACUUAUCCAGAAUUAUUAAAUUUACUUAUUUCAUUGUUAUACAUAUACGCUGGAGAUAUCGACUUAAUGAAAAAAUCAUAAUAAAUGGAGCAGAAAUCUCCCAAAAUUCCAUA